UGAGUGACGCAGCCGGGUGUAUUGACGAUCUUUGCGGCGGCAGCUCAGUCGGUUCGUUGGAGGUCUCCUGCCUGGUUCCGGAAAGUAACGUUAGUCAUGGCGUCAGGCCUGUCCAGUGUUGUUGUGUUGGCGUUAUGUGUGGUUCUGGCCCCUUGUGUAUUUGCAGGGGACAGCGACUGUCGGGCCUUCGAAAACCAACCAAGCCAAAGAUGCAGAACAGGAUUUUGUUGUGGUAGCUGCAGCAACAGAUACUGCUGUCAUGACACUUUCUGGCGGUUUUCUGAUGAUAAACAAGAUGACUGUUUUGAUGCCUUUAGCUCUUAUAACUCACCAUUGCCCAUGGUCUUUGGGAUUGGUGGCUUUAUUACCAUUUUGCUCAUCUUCAUCUGCUGCUGUGUCUGUCCCUGCUGCUGCCUGUACAAGAUGUGCCGCAAGCCAAGACCUGUGAUAGCUACCACCACCCACACCACAGUGGUCACCACCGCCCCACAGCAGUACCCUCAGCAGCCAACUGCAACACCUGGGCAGCCUCAGUCCUACCAGGGGGGCCAGUAUCAACCCUACCAUCCCAUACCAGUGCAGCCGGGUUACGGACCCCAGCCCGCUCAGCCGGGUUACGGAGCUCAGCCCAUGCCCCAGGGUUACGGAGCCCAGCCCAUGCCUCAGGGUUACGGACCCCAGCCCAUGCCAACAUCUUCCUACCAGGGACAACAGUUUACAGCGCUACCGCCACCAACAUAUCAGGAAGCCAUCGGUCCUGCCUACCCUCCCAACCCGAUGCCUUACAGCCAGGCUGCAUUCGCCCCCGGCCAGCCAGCGUACCCUCUGCAGCCUCCUGUCCAGCCGCAGCCCAACGCUCCUCCCCCACACAAGGGCUACAUAGCCCAGCCAGCGUACAACCCGGAUUUUAAUGGCUAGUGGCCCACACUGCCACACUCUUAGCCACUUAAAACGUGCUGCAGCAUUUUUCGAACUUGGCAGAACUGGAAAUGUGCAAUCUGAAUCAGAGAUGAUUGAAUUGUUUUGUUCAUGUGUUUUGGUGGUUAAAUAUGGAAAUGUUAUGACACAUUUGUAGUCAAAGGGUUGCCAAGUGAAAUUGUUGACAUCAUCGGCUCGUAUUGCAUGGACUUACAAUAUUACAGGUGGUGAAAUUGUUGUUUGAGAAAAAAAAAAAAAAAAAAAAUCUUAGUGGCUCCAUCUUGCUCAUCUUUUGUAAAUGACACAUAAAACCACUGAGUCUCCCUCCUGGUCCCCAUCGAUACUGUGCACCGCCCGAACCUGCCUGAUCUCUUCAUUCACAUCUACAGUAAUGGCAGUCAGACUCAGCGGUCAAACUUUUGCGGUAUUUGGUUGUCACGGUCAUAAACUCAUUGCUUUCUGCCGGUUUAUUUCAGACCGAUAAAGUGCUAUGAACCUUUUUUUUCCAUGUACUUUUAUAAUGCUUUUAUAUGCGUCACCUGUAAACAAAUCAGGUCCAAAGUGUGUAAUACUUCUCACUAGAUGAUUCAUUGAGGAAAGUAUACAUGUCAUUUCAGUUAACUAAUAAUGUUCAGGAAAAUGGGUCUUCUUUAAACCCUCCAUGAAAAGGGAACGUUCAUGUCAAUUCAACAAAAUAAGCCUCGCUCACAGGGAAGGUUUUAUGUGUUCAUGUACAAGGGAGAUAUCUCAUCUCCUUUUUCUCCUUUUUUUUUUCUCAGGUUGUUUUCAUUCGUUGUUUUCACCUUACAACACAAGUUACUGAGCUGAAAUGCAUCGGCAGCUUUGAAUGAAAGAACCAAAGCAGAUUUCUUUUUUUUUUUGUCUUUUAUCAAUCCACAGUAAAAAAAAUACAAAUGUUUAGAAGUUACAAGAAACAAGUGUGCCUUCUUAGCCACAUUACUUUUAUGAAACGUGAAGUGUCAUUUACAACAUCUACACAAUGUUGUUGUUCUUCAUGCACAUUUGCCACAUUGUUUUGCACUAUGCAGUUUCAACUUUAGUUAUAACUCAAACUGCAUGUUAUACAUCUUUAAAAAAUCAUACUUUUUUUAUUCAGUAUUGUGUUAUUUGUCUUGUGUUUUUAUUUAAAAACUAAAUGCCUUUCUUGCUCUGCUUUCUCACUUCUGCUUUCUGAAAUGACUUGAACUGGUUUGUUAAAGUGACCUUUUUUCUUAUGAUCCAGCUGAACUAGGAGAAGUACAGUCACAGCUCAUGUGAGGAACCAUUUUCAACUUCCUCUCUCUAGACUUUGGUUGUGGUCAAAUAAUAUAGUAGCUAAUAUAUUCCAUUUCCAUGUUUCAUUAUAUGAGUAUCACAGGUACAGGUUUCAGAAUGGCCUUCAGUCACAUUUAUGCUGUGGCUUGUUUUAUUUCACCAGCUGAUGUAUGAGACAUGCCGGCUAAUGGAAAGGGGCCUAAUGUCCUCACAUAUAUCUUUGUAAUUUGCAAAAUAGUUAAUUUGUGAGGAAUGUGCAUGUGAUUCUUACAUCGACCAUGCAAUUUGUCUGUACUCCAUUGUGGGCUUGCCUUUUUUUGUGAAAUCUGUCUUUAUAAAAGUGUUCCUGCCUGUGAUUUCAGUCCUUUGCCCAGUGGUGUUUCUUCAAGAUGACUUUAGUUGGAGGGUUUUUAUUUGUGUGUGGAUUAUAGCCUUUUGUGUUCUUUACCAGCAGAGAUGUAUUCUUAUUCCAUCUGUGUUUCUCAUCCAAGAAUAAUUGUCAUUGAUGCUACUUUGACAAUAUAUGUUCAUUAUUUUUAUUUUGUUAAUCCCCCCCCCCCCCCCCCCCACUUCUGCAGAAUUCAAUAAAAUAUCUAUUUUCUG